CUCAUCAAGAUUAAGCCAUGGUUUCUCCCACCAAUUUCCUUCUUCAAACCUUCCUUUGGUUGGCUCUUGCAGCCACCGCUUUUUCCUUAUCUCCCAACUUUUAUCACAAUGUUUGUCCCCAAGCUUUGCCUGCCAUCAAGAGAGUAGUGGAGGCCGCUGUCCACAAGGAGCGCCGCAUGGGUGCUUCUUUGCUUCGUCUUCACUUCCACGAUUGCUUCGUUAAUGGUUGUGACGGUUCACUUCUUUUGGAUUCUACAUCUUCCUUCGAAACCGAGAAAAAUGCUCGUGGAAAUUUGAAUUCUGUUCGAGGGUUUGAAGUUGUUGACCAAAUUAAGGCCGAAGUGGAUAGAGUUUGCGGACGCCCUGUAGUCUCUUGUGCUGAUAUCUUAGCUGUGGCUGCUCGAGAUUCGGUAGUUGCGCUCGGAGGUCCGACAUGGAAGGUUCGUUUGGGUAGAAGAGACUCGACCACAGCUAGCAGGAAAUUAGCAGACAACGUGCUUCCUUCAGCAUCAAUGGAUCUCCCUGCGUUGAUCAACAACUUCAAGAACCAGGGCCUGAACAAGAGAGAUCUUGUAGCUCUCUCCGGCGGCCACACCAUCGGAUUGUCACAAUGCGUUAUCUUUAGGAACAGGAUUUACAAUGCUACCAAUAGUGAUACUGCUUUUGCCAAAGAGCGUAGAGCAACUUGCCCACGCACCGGAGGGAACACUAACCUCGCUCCUUUUGACCCAACCCCUGCAAGCUUCGACACCGCAUACUUUAAGAACCUGGUGAAGGAAAGGGGACUACUCACCUCUGAUCAAGCACUUUUCAGUGGUGGAUCGACUAAUAAACUUGUAGAGACUUACAGCAGGAAUCCCGAUGCUUUCUGGGUUGAUUUCGGCAAGUCUAUGAUUAGGAUGGGCAACAUCAAGCCUUUGACUGGAAAGCAAGGACAAAUUCGUGUCAACUGUAGGAAGAUGAAUUAAUGAAUCUACUAUGAUAUUUAUCGAUUGUCCAAUCAUCAAAUUUCAUCAUUUUGUGGUUAAUUGUUGUAUUAAUUGUUGCGAAAAUUAAAGCAUGUGAAAGAAAUGUUUGAUUA